AUGAUAACAUCAGUGAGGGCUUAGGGUCAAACAUUAUCGCCAAAGAGAGCCUACUUUGAAACUGUAAAUUAAAAUUUUGCUCAGACAACUGACCCAGCUGUGCUUCAGCAAUCUCUGAAUCCAUUGAUAAAAGACUACAAACUUAAACCCAUUUAUGAAAUUGAAAAUAAUAUGAAGUACAAGUAAAUGCUUGAGAAUGGGUCUACUCAUUAUAGAGCUAAUUUUGACAAUCGCAACAAGAUAAUUUGGAACAACACAGAUUUUAGAUUAUUCAACAGAGACAACCCAGCUACACUUGACAUCAUGCAGAUUGAUGACAUUCCACUCAAACCAGUUAAGGAUAGGUCAAGGUAAAUUGGAUUUGAGAAUAAAUUGCCAGAGGAAGAUCCCGGACUCAGGAGUAGGAUGAUCAACAAUCAAAAUUUAAACAAUACUAUGCAUUUUAGACAAUAUGGCGAGCCUCUCCCGUAAUCCUCAUAUAAAGAUCAGUUUGGAAAGACUAUAGCAAGGGCAAACCCCAUUGAAGUUAACUAGGGAAGUCAAAGAAGACUCGAUGAUGCUUUGAGAGAUCAAGGCUAGCUAAGAGACACAUUUGUGACUGUAGGCCCAUCCCCUUCACAGAGAUAUAACUCAGUCGUCUCUAAAUCUUAUAAGGAGUCCCCUUUUAAAUCUCUUUAAAGCAAUAUGGCGAACCCUGCACCUCAGAAUUAGGAUUACGGAAUGAACAAUCAAAAAGUAUAAUUUCAAAUGCCAAGCUAAUACCCCUAAUAGCAAUAAUUCCCUUAAGGGAUUCCUAACUUAAAUGCAUCUUAAUCUAUGGCUUAAUUUGAGAGAGAUCCAAAUUAAUAGCAGCAGUUCAUAAACAAUCAAGCAAAUUUAAACAACUCAAUGAAAUCAUUUUUGAACGUAACUGGCAAAUACCUAGACACAUCUGGCAGGAAACCUCCCUCUAGGCAUUAUCAAAUAGAUGAAAACACGAAGAAGAUCUAUUCAACCCUUUAUCCUGAGCCAGGACUUGCCAAUAAAUUCUCAAGUGACAAGAUCAACCUUGUUAAUAACCUUCCUCACACUACCUAAGUCAUGAAUAAUUAGAGUAAUUCAAGCUUUAAUCAAAAUUCAAUGGGACUGCAAGAUAAUCCAUACUUUAAAAAUUAUCAAUAGUAAGAUAAGUAUUCGCAGAGUCUAGCUGAAAUAUCAGCAAACUAGGAUAUAAGACCUUCUUAUGGAAGUCUGAUAGGCCUAAGUAGAAGAAUUGACAAGGGCAUUUCUGAUAAACAACUGCAGGGAGACACAUUCUCCUAGGACAAGAGAUACUAUGACUAGAUAAUGCUUGAGAGCAGGAGGUAGAGGACGAAUCAGGGAUAGAACAUGUUUAAUUCAAUGCAAAGCAGUGCAAUUAAUAUGAUUCACUAAUGA